GACGUCGCCACGACAUAGAUUUGCGCGUCGCAAUGGCGAAGAAAGCAAAGUCCCGUACCAUCAUGGUGCGCCUCAUUUCGAUGGCCAUGACAGGUUACUACCGAACAAUGCAAAGACCGCGCACCCAUCAACCUCUCAGUAUGCUUAAAUACGAUCCUAUCGUGCGGAAACAGGUACUUUUCCUGGAAGCAAAACGCGGCAAGAAAUAACACCUCCAACGGGUCACGAUAUGAGCGCACGCGAUAAAACAGUCAUAUUUCUUGAGGCGAGCAAGUGGACUGAAUUUUCGUUGAGGGCCACGAUAGGCGGCCAGAGUGGAUUACCAGCCGCACAAGACGCGGGACUCGGCAGCCACAAGACCCAUCUAGCUCUCCCAAAUCCCGUGUUACACGGCACAAAUAUUUGUACACAUACGCAGCAGUUUUCCGCAUGGGCCGGCGUUAGCUUCAGUGUACAACAUACGUCAGACGACACGUCCAAAACAAGACGCGCCUCUUUUCAUGAUUGAAUCCAUGCAUUUCUC